UAUCUUCUUUGUGUCUUGAACUAUUAUUUAUAGCACAACUCAAGUCUCAAAACUAACAUAGUAACAUACUACAAAAAUAAGAGACAAUUGUGAAUUGUGUAAACCUUGUGCCUUAAACCAGCACAAAAAAUAUGGCAGAUAAGAAAAUUCCUGAGGUGGUACUAAAUUCAGGGAAAAAGAUGCCAACAAUAGGAUUUGGAACAGGAUCAACUCCUCAUCAACAAACUUUGCUUGAUGCCAUUGAGAUUGGCUAUAGACAUUUUGAUACUGCUGCUUUCUACAAUACUGAAGAACCUCUAGGCCAAGCUGUGUCAAAAGCUUUAGAGCUAGGCCUCGUUAAAAAUCGCGAUGAAUUAUUCAUUACUUCUAAGUUAUGGUGCACUGAUGCUCACCAUGAUCUUGUUCUUCCAGCACUCAAAACCACUCUCAAAAAGCUGGGAUUGGAGUAUGUGGAUCUCUAUUUGAUUCAUUGGCCAGUGAGGUUUAAACAAGAUGUUGAAGGUUUGAACUUUAAAAGUGAGGAUAUAAUUCCUUUUGACAUAAAAGGAACAUGGGAAGCUAUGGAAGAGUGUUAUAGAUUGGGCUUAGCCAAGUCUAUUGGUGUUAGCAACUUUGGUAUCAAAAAGCUCUCUACACUUUUAGAAAAUUCCCAAAUUCCACCUGCAGUUAAUCAGGUGGAAAUGAACCCAUCAUGGCAUCAGGGGAAACUCAGUGAAUUCUGCAAGCAGAAAGGAAUCCAUGUGAGUGCAUGGUCACCACUAGGAGGAUACAAUCUAAGUUGGGGUUCGUGUGCAGUGAUGGAGAAUUCAAUUCUGCGCGAAAUUGCUGAGGCUAGAAAAAAGAGUGUAGCUCAGAUAGCACUAAGAUGGAUACACGAGCAAGGGGCAACUCCGAUUGUAAAAAGCUUCAACAAAGAGAGAAUGAAACAAAACACUGAAAUAUUUGAUUGGGAGUUGAACCAGGAAGAUUUAGACAAAAUCAAUCAGAUUCCUCAAUGCAGAUUUCAAAAGGCAGAAAUGUUUGUACCUGAUAAUGGACCUUACAAAUCCUUGGAAGAGCUGUGGGACGCCGAUGUUUGAGUGAAAUCGUGUUAAUUUCCUUUUUCUCAUUCAAAAAGUGUGAUGCAUCAUUUCUCUUGUGAGCCUAAGCUAUUAAGCAUACAUGAUUACUUACUUAGGUGGUGAAAUAUUUACUUACAAUUUAAUCUUUGAUUUAAUCACAUGUACAAGUUUAUCCUUGACUGUACCAAUUCUUCUUUAUCUCUUUUAAGUACUUAUUUGAUCUAAAUUUUUUAAAUUAAAAAAAUGAAUGGAAUAUAUUUGCUUCUUUCAUAGUAAGGUAAAAGUUGUUUUCAUGAGUUAUGGAACAAGAGAAAAAUUAGGUAGAUGCAAGACACAUAUGUCUCUUUGUAUUAUUAUUCUGCAUAUAAGUUUUAAUACAAAUUCAUUGAAAAUUUUCCUAAUCAAGUCAUAAUCUCUCUAUAAAGAAAAAGUUAGACUUAGACUAUAAAGAAAAAUAAGUGUCUUCUGUACAAAUUUGCCUCAAUUAAUCUACAUCAGUUCCUUCUUCUGAAGGAGUUAGCACAGAUUCAAAUGGGAAGUAAUAUCCAAGAAAAUGUCUUCUCUGCAAGGAAUCGUGAGACCACCUGUUGGAUGGUCAUAUCCGAAUUGUUCCUCAGCUUGAUUCAACAAUUCUUGAAACGAUGGUUGGCUCAAAUAU